AUGGAGCUGAGCAAUACCACCGGGUUUUUGCUCCAAACAAUGCUCUACAUGGCAAACCAUGAGUACAACAACUCGUUGAUCAAUCUGAUUCACAAUAAAACGUUAAGUGCAGAGACCAAUCAAACUACUGGUGAGUUUUCGCUGCCGGAAGAGGUUCGGUGCUACGGUGUGUACGGGUGCUUCCCGAUUACCUACCCUUGGGUGGACGAAAAGCGACCGGUGGCCUACCAUCCACAGUCACCGUCGCAGGUUGACGUGCGAUAUCCGGUAUUCGUGCGCUCCAACACCGACCAUCCGAAUUUUAUUGACAUCAACGAUCCGGCCGGUGUGAGGAAGCUUGGUAUCAACCCGAAGGGGCGCAUCUACUUCAUUACCCACGGAUACAUCGAAUCGGGCGAUCGCCCUUGGAUUCAGCAAAUGGUGAAUGCACUCAUCGAUAACGAUCCGGAUGGGACGGCGAGCUGCGUGGUGAUCGACUGGCGGAAGGCCUCGAACCCACCGUACACCCAGUGCUGCGCCAACAUCCGGGUGAUUGGGGCCAUCACGGCUCACGUGAUUUACAUGCUCUAUGAGGAACUGAACAUGGAAAACUUGGACAAGGUGCAUCUGCUGGGACACUCGCUAGGAUCGCACCUGUGUGGGUACGCCGGUUAUCACUUGCAGAAGGACUUCGGAAUACAACUCGGCCGAAUUACGGGACUGGAUCCCGCCGAGCCAUUGUUUUCUGAUACCGAUCCACUGGUGCGGCUGGACCGAAGCGAUGCGAAGUUUGUAGACAUAAUUCAUACGGACGGGUCGGAGUGGGUGAGCAAGGGCGGUCUCGGCAUGUAUCAACCAAUCGGGCAUGUGGAUUUUUACCCGAACGGCGGCUACAAUCAACCCGGUUGCAACGACCCUAUGACAAAGUUCAUCCGUAAACACGACGAGUCCUUCUUCUGGGGGUUCCAGGAGUUCUUCGGGUGCAACCAUCUGCGCUGUCACCAGUUCUUCACCGACAGUGUGCUGAACCCCCAGUGUCCGUUCGUAGGCAUCGGGUGCUCUUCGUAUGCACAGUUCUUGCGUGGCGAGUGCUUCAAUUGUGACGCCGACGGCCACUACUGCAUCGAGUUUGGGCUGAAGGCAAGGGACAGCUACAGUCGGCUAAUUGAGAAUGGGAUCCUGAAAAAUCCUAAUCAACCGCUGAGCGUAUACAUGAUCACUGGCGACGAAUCUCCAUAUUGUCGGUCACACUAUCGCGUCACGCUGAGCCUAUCCAGCGACGAGGAGAGCCUUAUCCACGGAGGGGAAAUCGGGAAGAUGUCUGUGGAGCUACAAGGCGAAGGAAACAUUCGCUCGGGAAAGAUGGACUUCUCCAAGGACCCUCUGUACUUCGAGCCUGGUAGCAACUACUCGGCCAUCAUGGCUGGAAGGUACGUUACCAAACCUCUCCGCGUGCUGCUCACCUGGGCCUAUCGGACCAACCCACUCAAUCCGCUCACUUGGCGUUUGCUGGCUGCUCCUCGCGUCUACGUGCAAGAGAUCCAUGUUCAAUUUAUGGAAUUGCGCAUGAGCAUCCGGGUGUGUCCGCUGAACAAGUUUCCCGUUAUUGCUGACCAGGAGAAUGAAUUUAAAACCUCGUACUGCCCAUGA